GUUAUAUACCCCUGUCCGGCCCACUCGUUAAUCGGAGAAGGGUUGCGAGUUGCGACGGAGGAUGGGAAUGGAGUCCGAUGAUGAAGUGAACGAAAGGAGGGAGGCAGCGAUAGCAACGACUUCAGCUCUGCAACCCAAUUUUCAGUCCACAAGCGUUACGAAAGAUCAGCUAAAUAAAUUCAAAGAGUUACACAAGAGGCGUCUGCAGAUAAAAGCAAAAUCAAAGAUUCAAAAGAGUUCAAAAGGGAACAUAAGUGUGGCCAAAAAGUCCCAUGUAAAUGAAGAAGAUGCCAAAAAUAUUAAAGAUGAAGAUAUAAAUGUGAUGCUCGAAGAUUCUGGUAUUUCCAUUUCCAAGGGCAACACUAACAUCAUUUCCGCACUCCAGCAAGAGAAAGUUGUCUCACAUCUGGCACCGAAGAAACGCCAGAAGUUACAUUGGGGGCUUGACACGAAAGAAAGAUGGGAAAGGAAAGCAAACAUGUAGGUGCUUACAAAAAAUUGGCUGCCUGGUUGCUUUGGCAACUCACAAAGAUUCUUGGAUGGAUAUUGGUGAUGAGGACGUUCUAUGAUGCAAUAAACUAGUUGCUACAUGGGUGAGAUCUUCUUUCUCACCACGGACACAGAUGGCACUGGUGGUAAAUUGGAAACCAUUUCCUAAUGCUCUACUAUGUAACAGUCCAGUUCUACAGUUAAAACUGCAGCUAUUGGGAGUUUCUAAUAUCUUUCAGUUUGCUGCAUUCCUGUCUCCUCCACCCCAACCCUUUUCCUCUCUCAAGGAGAUUGUAGCAGAUCAGAGACUAUUAGAUGGGAUGAAGAUGGCUUUUGAGCACUGGUCUAGGUACCAAAUCUUCUCUAGGCUUUACCAACUUUGCAAGCGGGUUCUUGCUGUACAUUCUGAAGAACGGGAGUUGUAUGAAACAUCUAAGGUUGGAGUGUUGUUUGUGUCAUUGUAUUGCAGCACUCUCAUGGAUUCUCUUAUGGGCUAGUUUUAUUUCUUACCAUUGCAACAACAGCAUUUGUGAAUAAAAUGCUGCUCACUGUCUAGUUUAAAUUGACUUGGUAAUCAUGUCUUGUGAAUUGUGAAUUUGUGAUUCACUUAAUUGGUAAUUGUUAGUCAAUGAGUUAA